AUGCAGGCCGCAGCUCUGUACAGCGAAACGGAAAUUUCUGCAAGCGGCAAUGGGCCGAAGCGGCACUCCUUCAACAAUGCACCAGCCAAACGUCCCUUUCUCGAGGCCGGCCAGGACAUGGCGCCUAAGGAAUUCUGGCAGAAAUACCUCUUGGGGUGUGAAGAGACGGUCUUCCCACAGAUUCCUACCACGGUCAAAAGUGUGCAACGCAGUGAGGAGGUGACAUACCGUGCCUCACUGAACACCAGCCCUACGGACACUGUCAGCCUCAUCCAAACCGCAUGGGCACUGCUUCUCGGCCAGUACACCGAAUCACAGGACGUUGUGAUUGCAACCGGAACGGACCUUCCAGGCCGUCCCAUCGAGGAUCCUCUGAUCGUGCCGCUUCGGUUCAAGAUACGCAAGGAGGCUGCCGUGAGAGAGCUCUCCCAACAGGCUGAGAAAUUCACUUGCGACUUGACAGCGUCGCAAGAAUUGGUGGAUUUCUGUACGUGUCGGUUGACGGAUCCAUUUUCCAACAGUCUUCUGCUCAUCCAGAGCGCUGGACAAGCCAAUGGAGCUCCAUCCCGUCCGAUAAUUCCAAGCAACUGCGCCUUGCUCCUUCACUGCGCGGUUGUCGGCGAUGAAGUCCACAUGUCGGGAAUGUAUGAUCCGCAUGUCGUGCAUCGAGAACAGACGCAGAGAAUCUUGAACCAGCUGGCCCACAUUCUGCACCAGCUUACGGACCCCGGCAUGCGGGCGGGCGACGUUGACUUCUUGAGCCCCCAGGACCGGGACGACAUUGCCCGCUGGAACUCGGGUGGCGGGCCACCAGACACUUGCAUCCACACGCUGAUCGACCACCACGUCCAGACCCGCCCAGACGCGCCCGCCGUGUGCGCCCACGACGGCGACUUCACGUUCGCCGAGCUGGACGCCCACGCCACGAAGCUCGCCCACCACCUCGUCGCCCUCGGCAUCCGCCCAGGCGCCGUCGUCCCCACGCUCUUUGAGAAGUCCAAAUGGACCCAAGUCGCGCUCCUCGCCAUCCUCAAAGCCGGCGCCGCCUUCGCCAUGCUCGACCCCGCCCACCCCCCCUCGCGCAACCGGCAAAUCGCCACCACCGUCUCCGCCCGCCUCGCCCUCACCUCCGCCCUCCACGCCACAACCCUCGGCCCCGCCGUCCCCACCACCGUCGCCCUCACCGCCUCCCUCCUCGCCCACCUCCCUUGCCCCCAGACCCCCAUCCCACCCCCCGCCCCCUCCUCCCCCGCCUCCAUCCUCUUCACCUCGGGCAGCACCGGCCGCCCCAAAGGCGCCAUCCUCCCGCACGCCGCCCUCGCCGCCACCGGGCUCUCCCUCGCGCGCACCACGCGCCUCGGCCCCUCCACCCGCGUGCUCCAGUCCGCCAGCUACGCCUUCGGCGCCGCCAUCGUCGAGACGGUGCUCGCCCUCGCCGCGGGGGCCACCACGUGCGUGCCGUCCGACGCGGCGCGCGCCACCGACGUCGCCGCCUACGCGCGCGCCGCCCGCGUCGACUGGGCGUUCAUGGUGCCGAGCGCGGCGCGGCGCGUCGUCGCGCCCGCCGACGUGCCGGAGCUGCGGGUGCUGGUGACGGGGGGCGAGGUGGUGGCGCGCGAGGUGGUGGCGCGCUGGGGCGGUGCCGUGGAGCUGUUUGGUGUGUAUGGGUCGGCCGAGCAGAGCUGCAUCACGGCGAUCGGGGGGCCGUUGGGGCGGGGAGGCGGGGAGGGGGUGGGGUUGGGGAUGCUGAAGGGGUGCUGGGCAUGGAUUGUGGGGGAGGAGGGGGGGCUGGUGCCGGUGGGAGCGGUGGGGGAGUUGGUGGUGGAGGGGAAGGUGGUGGCAGAGGGGUAUUUGGGGGAGGUGGAGAAGACUAAGGAGGCGUUUCCGGCGGGGUUUGCGUGGAGGGGUGGGUUCAAGAAGCAUCCGGAUGGGAGGGUGCGGCUUUAUAGGACGGGUGAUCUGGUGAGGUAUGGUCCGGGUGGGACGAUAGAGUUUGUGGGGAGGAGGGACGGCUAUGUCAAGUUGAGGGGGCAGAGGGUCGAGCUGGGCGAGAUUGAGUUUCAGCUCAAGAGGAUUGUAGAGACACCGCUGGACCUGUGCGUGGAGGUGGUUGUGCCGAAAGGCGCGAGCAUGGACAAGGCGGCGUUGGUGGCAUUUGUUAGUCUCGGGGAUGGGUAUGAGGGUGAGGACGAUGGCGUUCAGGUUCCGAAGCUGUGCAACAGGAAGCGCUUGGCCACACUGCUUAGGGACGUGGAAUAG